GAGCCACCCCCGUGCCCGCUGUUCCCGUUCGUGCCGCCGUUCCCGGCUCCCGCAGCACCAUGUGGCUGCAGGCGCUGCUCUUCCUCGCCGCCCUCCUCCUCCUCCUCCUCGCCCUCCUCUCGCUCGUGCUCCUGCGGGGCUCGGGCAGCCGCAACCCCUUCGCCACCGACAGCCGCCGCCCGCCGGGCCCGCUCGUCACCGACAAGGCGGUGCGCAGGACCGUCGUCAAGACAGUGUUCUCGGCGGACAAGGUGCCGCCGGAGCUCGAUGCCAUCGUGGUGGGCAGCGGCAUCGGCGGGCUGGCGGCCGCGGCGCUGCUGGCCAAGGCGGGCUGGCGGGUGCUGGUGCUGGAGCAGCACGGCAAGCUGGGCGGCUGCUGCCACACCUUCACCGAGAAGGGCUUCGAGUUCGACACCGGGAUCCACUAUGUGGGGCAGAUGCAGGAGGGCUCCCUGAUGCGGUUCCUGGUGGACCAGCUGACAGAUGGGCAGCUGGAGUGGGCCCCGCUGCCGGCCACCUACGAUGCCGUGGUUCUGGGGGACCCCCAGGGCUCUGGCAAGACCUUCCACAUCCACUCUGGGAAGAGGGAAUAUUUCCAGAGGCUGAAGGAGCAGUUCCCCGGGGAGGCCGCGGCCAUCGACGAGUUCCAGCGGUUGGUGAAGAGCGCCGGCCAUGGGGUUGUGCUGCUGGGCAUCCUGAAGAUGCUCCCCAGGUUCCUGGCCAAGCUCCUGGUCUGCUCCAGGCUGCUCCCGCGGCUCUGCUCCUUCUCCCAGCUGGCCUCACGCAGCCUCAAGGAGGUGGUGGAUGGUCUCACCCCCAACCCCGAGCUCCGGGCUGUCCUCAGCUACAUCUUCCCCACCUAUGGUGUGCUCCCCUCCAAGGCCAGCUUCUCCAUGCACAGCAUCCUGGUGAACCAUUUCCUGCACGGCGCCUGGUACCCCAAGGGCGGCGCGGGGGAAAUCGCCUUCCACACCAUCCCCGUGAUCCGCAGCGCCGGAGGAAACGUCUUUGGGAAGGCGCCGGUGCAGAGGAUCCUGCUGGACGCGCAGGGCAGAGCCUGCGGUGUGAGCGUCAGGAAAGGCCAGGACUCGGUGGAUAUCUUCGCUCCCGUGGUCAUUUCGGAUGCCGGCAUCUUCAACACCUACGAGCGGCUGCUGCCGGCGGAGGCGCGGGCUCUGCCGGAGAUCCAGUCCCAGCUCCACAUGCUGACCCCUGGCGAGGGCGGCUUCACCGUCUUCGUCGGCCUCAGCGGCUCCAGGGAGGAGCUGGGGCUAGAGCCCAUCAACUACUUCAUGUACCCCGGGCACGACCUGGAUGGAAUCAUGCAGCGCUACCUGGCCUCCUCCAGAGAAGAAGCUGCCAACAACAUCCCCCUGCUCUUUGUCACCUCGCCGUCAGCCAAGGACCCCACCUGGGAAAUGAGGCACCCAGGUAAAUCCACGCUGGCCAUCGUCACCUUCGCCAGGUACGAGUGGUUCGAGGAGUGGAAGGACAAGCAGGUCCACAAGAGGGGGGAUGACUAUGAGGACCUGAAGAAGACUUUUGUGGAUGCCAUCAUGCAGACUGUCUACAAGCUCUACCCUCGCAUCGAGGGCCGGAUCGAGUACCUGUCCGGUGGCACUCCCCUCACCAACCAGCACUACAUUGCCAGUCCCCACGGCGAGUUCUACGGCGCUGACCACGGCAUCCCCCGGCUGCAGGCCGAGGCCAUUGCCACCGUGCGGGCAGACACGGCCGUGCCCAACCUCUACCUGACAGGGCAGGAUUUGUGCCUGGGGGGCUUCAUGGGGGCCCUGCAGGGAGCCCUCAUCUGCGCCAGCACCAUCCUCAAGCGCAACCUGUACGCGGACGUGGCGCGGCUGAAGAUGCGCCUGCAGGCCGCCAGCAGCAAGAAGGGAGACUAG